UGUCUGACUGGUGUGACAGACGACCACGCGACCUAAGCGGCACGCGUUUGUUUUUACUUUUACUUUUCGUUAUUGUUUUUACGUUUAGACGCGGUCUAAAACAGACCUUAGAAGUGAAAAUGAAUAGCAGGACGGCAGCUUGCAACAUUUUAGAUCUUCCAGACGAAAUUUUGUUGAAAAUUAUUUUGAGCUUAAAUCUUCGAGAGAGGUUGCCUCUGGCUUAUUCCUGCAGGAGAUUAAACAACCUCGUGUUUGAUGAUGAAAAGGCAUUGAGGAACUUGGACUUCUCUACAGAAGGCUACCUCACAAGAAUAUCAGAUGUGAAACCGUAUUUCUUGAAUAAAAAAAAAUGUGAACGUAUACAGAGCUUGAAUGUCGCCGGCAUCUAUUGCCCAAAGCCAAAGGAGAUGUUGAAGAGUAUCUGCAAGGCAAAAAACCUUAUCGAACUCGACAUGACGAGUGUUCCGUUUGAAAAUUUUAAGCAAUUUGCAAAUCUCUUGCAGCCCUUAGAGAGGCUGAAAAAAUUAUCUAUCAUUUGGCCGACUGCAAAUAAAAAUGACUCAAAGUCUCAGGGGAUAUUGGAAGAAUCGUUGAGGAAGCUUACCCACUUGUCUGUAACGUUGCGCAAUCUCGACGACAAGUGGCACCUCAUCAAGUCUUUCAACGCCAUGAUUGAUUUAGAGGAACUCCGUUUGGUCCAGACGUACUUUGUUUCAGAAUCUGGACGUGGAUGUGUUUGGCUACCAACACCAAAAGUCCUGCUAAAAUUCCGAUUAGUUGCAUGCCUUGGAAAUGAUUUGGAUCUUCUCGAACAAGUCAUAUUAGAAAUGAUGCCAAACCGUGAACAAUGGAUCAAGCUUAGUCAUGUUCAUUUCGGAAAAACGCGUCACUUUCACUAUGAAAAUGACAUUAAAAUUUGUAAGUACCUAAGCAAGGACAUUGUUCGCACCUCUUAUGCUCCGGAACGUAUGGGGUUGAAAGGGAAAGUUGGAAAGGUCAUAAAUUUUGAAAGCAUACUGAAGGAAUUGAUGAUUUCGAAAAGCAUAAACUUGGACAAGGAUUACCGCAUGUCUAGCGAUUACUGUCCAUAUGCAUUCUUACCAAGAAUUCAGGAUGUAAAGCUCUUGCUUGGAAAUCCAAGCCAACCAAUUUAUUACAUGAAUCUGAAUCACAACAUUGAGCAGACGGGCCAUCUACCUUUGGUACUAUCAAUGUUUCCGAGUUUGACGGAGCUUGUUUUAUCCAACAUAAUAAUAUCCAAUCGUCUAUUUUCGACUCCGGCGUACUUAUCAAUAUCAACGACAGGAGGUCAACCGGCGAUAAGAGCUAUCAAGCGAAAAUAUAAAGAUUCUGAAGACAAGGGCGUGGAACCAGAGACCUCAUGUUUCCAGAAGGUAGUGGAAAAUAGUCCAAAUGUGAAAGCAUUGACGAUAAGUGCUGGAAUACUACGGGGGUCAGGAACGUGGGAUUUGGCCGCACUGCGCAUAAUUGCAGGCUGGAGAAACCUUACAAGUUUGUUCCUGGUAAAAAUCCCGAUCAAAGAUGGUCAAUUUCUCGUGGAAAUAGGCUCCCAGUGUAAAAAUUUGGAGAAAUUAAGGCUAGUUAGUCUAGGGCCGCAAUCAAACUGCUGCUACGCAAAAGAAUUGAUGCAAAUGUUGAUAUUUUGCCACAACUUGAAAGACUUCUCGAUUGAACAGAGCAAUUUGUGCCAAAUACCUCGUAUAUUCGAUACUCUCGCUAAAAACCUGAAGCUCAGGAGAGUUUGUCUCAAAAGUUUGGGUAAAUCAAGAAACUUGCCGAACUUGAUACCUUCCAUUGAAGGGUUAAUACGGUCUUGUAAGCUAUUAUUGUUUGUGUGCGAAUAUAAAGGAUUGGCUGAUCAUGCUUGCGAUGAAUUGAAAUCGACUUUACAGAGUUUAAAGGUUGAAUUGAGCCGCCCGAGUUUCCAGUUUGAUGUCAUUAAAUGCAGCGGUUCUGGAAAAGAUCAUGUUCGCAACUUUGAUCUUCAUUACACUCACAAAGACUUACUACUUCCGUUCUCUUAUGUCGACUCGCUAUACCGCCUUAAUGGUUAAAGGAAUUCUCAAUUCUAUUUCGCUAUUGCCUGUUAUUUGUGAUUGAUUAACAGGAAAAAAAAUGUAACCAUCAUUUUUACAUGCCAUA